GUUGUUAUUACAACUGUGUCCGAGGUGCUUUGGUUUAUACUGGCGGCUGCUGGCUGUACUGCGCGGCUGCCUGCUCGCCGAUUUGGAUGUUGUGCUGCGAACUAAAGCCGAAGUCGCCUUCACUUGUACGCGUUGCUAAAUGUCGCCGGUUUUAGCGCCUCGCGUUGCCGUCUUUUUUCCUCCACUUGGACGGGAUUAGCCGUAACGUUAGUGCUGCACACUGUGUCUCUGCGUUUCUCGCACACACACACCACCGCUUACCAAUGUUCGCCUAUCGCGGUCCAUCUCGACCUCGUCCUCCCUUGCACAGACCCGGGUUGUUGUUGUUUUUUCGCACCGCCUGCCAGUCCUCUGCCAAGAAGAGCAGGAGAAAGCAUAUUUUUGAACACUGAUUUUUCGGUCACCUCUCGCUGUCAUGCACACGUAGAGAGAAAACAGGAGAGGAACCGGGAGUUGUUUCGGGGAGGGGGGGUUUCUUUUUCUUUUUUUUCUUUUUUUUUCGACCCUGGCCAAACUUGAAGAAGACGCGUUUUCCAGCCGGUGUUAUAUGCUCUCCAGUGCUGAAGUGCUGCGGUUCAGGUGAUAGUGAGCAGAGGUGCUGAGAAUGAUGGAACAUCUCAGCGAGACGUGUUUGGGCAAGGAGAACUCAGAGCUGGUCAACAGCAUGGCAGAGGCCAAGGCCCCGCCGGCCAAGCUGCCCCGGCUGGAGCAGAACGGCAGCCCCCUGGGCCGGGCUCGGCUGGGCAGCACCGGGGCCAAGCUCGGAGGGGUCCCGUACAAACCCGCCAGCCACCUGCUGAAGACCUGCCAUAAGAAAGGCAACAUGCUGCCUGUGUUCUGUGUGGUCGAGCACUACGAGAAUCCCAUGGAUUUUGACAGCAAGGAGGAGCACGCUGAAUUUGUCCUGGUGCGCAAGGACAUGCUCUUCAACCAGCUCAUCGAGAUGGCCCUGCUGUCACUGGGCUACUCCCACAGCUCAGCAGCCCAGGCCAAAGGUAUGAUUCAGGUGGGGAAGUGGAACCCCGUCCCCCUGUCAUACGUGACAGACGCACCAGACGCCACAGUGGCAGACAUGCUGCAGGACGUCUACCACGUGGUCACACUUAAGAUCCAGCUGCACAGUUGUCCUAAGCUGGAGGACCUGCCGCCCGAGCAAUGGAGCCACUCUACAGUAAGAAACGCCCUCAAGGAGUUACUCAAAGACAUGAAUCAGAGCUCUCUGGCUAAAGAAUGUCCUUUAUCACAGAGUAUGAUUUCCUCCAUUGUGAACAGCACUUACUAUGCAAAUGUGUCGGCGGCGAAGUGUCAGGAAUUUGGGCGCUGGUAUAAACAUUUCAAGAAGACAAAAGAUAUGAUGGGCAUGCGCCAACCCUCCCAGCUGGAGGGGUACCUGGGGACGUGUGUCCUCCGUGAGAGCCCGCGUGCCAAUGCACUAGAAAUGGAUGGCCUGUCUGACCUCUCCCCACCUGGCUCUAACCACAACCACAACCACCUGGGUUUCUCCCAGCAGCAGCAGCCAAUCCCCGGCAGCACGGCGGAGCAGACUCCUUCCUCGCCGGUGCCGCCGCUGCCUCACGCUCCGCCGCCGCACGGUGGCCAGACGGGCGGCCGACAGCCCCAGCUCCCCAGUCUGCAUCACCCGGGCUUGGUGUCCACGCCCAUCAGCCCCCAGCUGGUCAACCAGCAGCUCGUGAUGGCACAGAUCCUCAACCAGCAGUAUGCAGUGAACCGGCUGCUGGCGCAGCAAUCCCUGUCACAGCAGUACCUCAACCACCCACCUGUCAACCGCAGCUCCCACACCAAGCCUCUGGAGCCACAGGUGGCAUCAAACACAGAGGUUUCCUCUGAGAUUUACCAGUGGGUGAGGGACGAGCUAAAACGGGCCGGCAUCUCACAGGCUGUCUUCGCCCGUGUGGCCUUCAACAGAACACAGGGCUUACUGUCAGAGAUCCUGCGUAAGGAGGAAGAUCCCAAGACAGCAUCCCAGUCGCUGCUGGUCAACCUGCGCGCCAUGCAGAACUUCCUGCAGCUGCCGGAGGCCGAGCGUGACCGCAUCUAUCAGGAGGAGAGGGAGCGCAGCCUCACGGCGGCCUCCGCCAUGGGCUCCGCUCCGCUCAUCAGCACCCCAUCCAGUCGACCUGUGCAGCCCCGAAGGGAGGACUGUAACAGCGUAAGGCCGGAGGAUUGGAAUCCCAGAAUCCCUGUGGGCAUCUCACCUGUUAAACCGUCACCACUGCCCAGCGAGUGGAACGGCAAGACAGACAGCUGCAUCCUCAACAUCAACUCCACCAUCUACGAUGAGAUCCAGCAGGAGAUGAAGAGGGCCAAAGUGUCCCAGGCCCUGUUUGCAAAGGUGGCCGCCUCCAAGAGCCAGGGCUGGCUCUGCGAGCUGCUGCGCUGGAAGGAGGAUCCGUCUCCGGAGAAUCGGACACUCUGGGAGAACCUCUCCAUGAUCCGACGCUUCCUGAGCCUCUCCCAGGCCGAGCGCGACGCCAUCUACGAGCAGGAGAGCAGCGCCGGCCAGCAGCACCACAACGAGCGGCCGUCGCAUUUGAUGCACGUUGACCAGCUACAGGCUCAGCCUCCUCAGACACAGCAGCAGCACCAGCCCUCCCUGUCCCUCCACCCCUCCCAACAGCCCUUGCAGCAACAGCAGCCCACCACUGGUCCCCGGUUGCCGCCUCGCCAGCCCUCCACCGCCUCUCCGGCCGAAACGGAGGACGAAGGCAGCCGCGGAGGGAGUGUCAAAUCCCGCACGGGCGGAGGGAAGAUCUCCCUGGAGGCUCUGGGCAUCCUGCAGAGCUUCAUCCAGGAUGUGGGCCUGUACCCUGACGAGGAGGCCAUCCACACCCUCUCGGCCCAGCUGGACCUGCCCAAGCUCACCAUCAUCAAGUUCUUCCAGAACCAGCGCUUUUAUGUCAAUCACCCAGCGAAGGCACCCAAGGAGCCCCUUAACAACAACAACAACACCAUGGCCACCACCAACAACACCACCAGCAGCAGCAGCAGCAGCAGCAGCCCAGCCUUUGAGGAAGAGCUGACGGACUUCAGGGAGAGCGGAGAGCUGCUGAAGGAGCUGGACGAAAGCACGCAGACCAACAGCACCAUCUUCUCCAUCAAGAUCGAAGAGCAGCUGGGCCGAGGCACCGAGGCCCAGUCGGAGUCAGAGCACGAGGCCAAGGAGUAGGACUCGCACACCCCCACCCACCUCGAAACAUGUACUGAGAGUUUUCUUGUGCACACACACACACACACACUCACAGACUGAUGACUGUGCUAAAUGUACCGCUCUGACCACCACAGAACGACCACACUGCAGAGAAAGAAAAGUAGUGUUUUCAAUCAGUACAGCAUCUGGACUGUAU